GCCUGGAAGCAGUAAACGCUGCACGGCGACACCUGCAGACAUUAACUCCUCGUGCUGACUUUAGUUUUUUUUUUUUUUUUCCAGUACAAAAAGGAAGAAGAAGAAAAAAUAAAAACGCGGAUGAAACCGAAGCAACUGGUGCGGAACGAGGGCGUGAGAGUUGCGGGAAUGUACGGAGAGCCGAAGCGAGACUGAAUUAACAAAGUUCUGCGACAGACAACAGCGGAGACGACAGCAGGUAUCUGGUGGACGGGUGGAAAAUGGAGGUGAACAGACAAGAGGUUCCUUUAUAUGGACAAGUUGAUGGUUGCAUGUUGCUGCAAGAAGCAGUCCCUGAAGACGGCGAGUUUUAUGUUGUUGCAGAAGGCUCCAGACUUACUCACGUGGCCACUGCAAAAAGAGGCAGUGACGAGCGGACUCUUUCUUUCACCGUUCCAGGUCAUGAUCGUGUGGAAGUUGUCUCCGUCACAGCCUACAUCUCCACGAACAAUGGAGUUUAUCCUUGUGGGUGUACAGCUUCCCUUGAAUACUUUAGCGAUACUGCUCAGGACGCAGCAGAGUACCUUAAGGGGGAUUGGGACCAGCUUGACCCUCAGAGCCAUCGGGAAGUCUUUAGGAGGUUUCCUCUGUUGGCGCAGGCAGCUGACCAGGAGACCUGUGGACUGUUAGAGUUCAGAGAAGUAGAGACCCAGCUCAGAGGAAGUUCAGGUGAUAUUGUUGACCUGAAGCAUCUGGAUGAGAAGAUCACUCUGGCCCUGGCUAGCAUGGAAUACCCUCAGCAGUGGAAAAACGCUGACAGGGAGCAAGGAGCAGGUCAUGAACAUCAUCGCAAAGAAGCACUCCUUCAUCUUGCUGUCCGCUUGCAUUUGGUCCACCUCACUCGCUUCCUAAUUCACCAGCCUGCAGGUCAAACAUUGCCGAGCUUACCCAAAGAGGAAGGGGAAACUCCGCUCCAGCUAGCCCAGGGGGACGGAUUUGAUUCCUCCUUCAGUCCCUCUGAGGCUCCCGUAGGCCCUCCUCCCGGUGUUUUCUGUCUGUGGGCUGACAGCUCCUGCAUGUUGAGGUUUUGUCCAGGAACAGAGUCUGUUAUCCUCACUUUGCGACAGCCUCCCGUUGGCUGCCCCCAGGACGCCAUUAUGGUUCUCAGAGAAAAGCUGGAAGACCACAGACUCUGCAGACAGAUCAACAGUCUGAGAGGGAAACACAAGAAGUGUCACAAAAAUGAAGCUCAUCUGAACAAUCAAAGUGGGACCAAGGAGCUUCAUGUAGAUGGGAAAGAGAUGGUGGAGAACGUUUUUGACGAUCCGACGACGUUGUUUUUAAUCGACACAGAUAGCGAAGAGGAAAAUUCGUCAUCGCUGCCCGCAAAUGGGCAGCCCAGACGGGUCAGAGAAGUUCAGAACCAGUUCAGCCAGGAGGCUUCAGACCCUUUACUCUCCACCAUCAGCGACUCGGAUCACAAGCAGCAGACUCAGGCUUGUGAAAAGGACAUUAAGCUGAAAAUAGAAGAUGUGACGUGUGACAGCACGGGGACUGAUGGCGGCCUGUGGGACCCCGAUGAUCUUCUUCUUGCCACCGACACCCCUCCGCCUCGCCCCCGCUGUGAAGAUCUCCUCCCUGAGUUCGUCUCUCUCUCACCAGUCGAUCAGGCCCUCACCGAGCCAAGCAGCCCGCCAUUGGAAACCUGCGACAUCAGCCUGGUGGCCCUGGAGGUGGACAGUGAGGAAGGAGCUCCGGGGCCAAAGUCUCUGCUUUCCCGGCUGUUUUCAGACGCUGGUAGAAGCGAAGACAAGAAGGAAACUCCGCGUCCAGCUCCCGAUCUCACUUGCACUCGGAGCCAGUCGGCCUCAGCGUGCGAACCCGUCUCCAAAGACUUGAGUGAGGACGGCGUUCGACUUCGUUCCUAUUCCUACUCGUACUCCAAGUUCUGUCCUAGUCGCAACCCCAGGGAGAACCACAUGCCGGAAGGCGGCCCUGUGGUUGUGUUAGCCGCCUUCUGUCCACUGUGCCCUGUAGAUGGCGUUCUCCACAGCGUCAGCCACAGCCGAUCUCUCCUUCAGGCGCUCUCUCUGUCUAAAUCCACCCUGUCUCUGUCUCUGCUCCACCCGGGCAAACAAAGAGCCUCCAGCGUUUCAGAGCAGCCCAACGAUAAAAGAGAAGUUAGGUUCCGUAAGCGGGCCCAGUCCGCUGACGAUGAGGGCAGCGCUGAGCUGGCAGAGUCGCUGCAGCAUCUCACCCUGUCUGAGUUUCUCAAAGAGAAGAAGAAGAAGAAGAAGAAGAAGAAGAAGAAGCAGAAAAUGAUUGAAGAAGAGGAGUUGGAGAAGUGCAACAUUCCCACCAAGGCAGAGUCAGAGAAGUAUAAAGUCAUUCGCACGUUCAGCUUUCUGAAGAACAGGAUGUCCAGCACACGCAACAAGACCAAGGGGAAAGGGAAGGACAGAGAAGCCAAGGAUAGGCACCUGAACGGCCACUGGUUUGGAACGGGCCCCUGUUUAGGUCCCACGCUGUGUGUGGUGUGUGACAAACCAGCUUCUGGAAAGGACCUUCUGCACUGUUCAGGUUGCACUGCUAUUGUCCAUAAGAGCUGUAAGGAGUUUGUCCCACUGUGCCUGAAGAAACUGCAGGAUAGAUGUGUGAUGACCGUGGAGAAGAGCAAGACGGCGUCUCUUCCGCAGAACUUCACAGUGAGAGACAGUCCUUCCCAUUCUGUGAUCCACGUUUCUGCUGCUCAACCUGUCCUCACCCCAAGGGAGAGGAAGGACGCUGGGACACAGUCAUGCUCUUUGCCUGGAAGCCUACUCAACAGUCACAGUAUGCUCGGCGAGAGUUCAGAGACAGAAUAUGAAGGCCUGAGGCUGAAAAGCCACUCGGAGGAGCUCCUGCCAACUCCGGGCUCCUCUGCCUCUAAUGAGUCGUCCUUCGGAGACGACUGUGUGGACUCGUACAUUCAGACUCACGGCAACAUAUUGGCGGAUUCUGCUGAUUACGAAGCCGAGUCGUGGAGUUUGACGGUGGAGCACAAGUUUUGCAAGAGGCAAGACAAGCGGGCUGUCAAGAGGCAGGAUGUUAUCUACGAGCUGAUGCAGACUGAGCUCCACCACCUUCAGACUCUGCACAUCAUGGCCGAGGUUUUCCGGCGAGGCAUGAAGGAAGAGGUGCAGCUGGACUCUGAGUCGGUGGAGCGGGUGUUCCCCUGCCUGGACCAGCUGCUCGCCUUCCACCACGCCUUCUUCGCUGCCAUGAAGGAGCGGCGUCAGAGCUCCGGCCAGCCCCCGGGUCACAGGAACUACCUGAUACAGCGAAUCGGUGACAUCUUGCUCCGACAGUUUUCAGAAGAGAAUGGGGAAAAAAUGAAGGAGGUGUACGGAGAAUUCUGCAGUCAUCACAACGAAGCAGUAGCCUUUUUUAAGGAUCUCAUGCAGCAUAAUAAGAAAUUUCAAAGCUUCAUUAAGCAACAAGGUCAUAACUCUUUGGUGCGGCGGAGAGAGAUCCCAGAAUGCAUUUUGCUGGUAACUCAAAGGAUCACAAAAUACCCAGUGCUACUGGAGAGGAUCCUGCACUAUACUCAAGAGCAAACGGAGGAGCAUGCCAACCUUUCCAAAGCCCUGACUCACAUUCGGGACGCGAUAGCGGGCGUGGACGUGAAAGUCAGCGAAUUCGAGCGCCACCAGAGACUGCAGGAAGUGUGGAACCGCAUGGAGAACCGCAGCGCGGCCAAGCUGAAGAGCGGCAACACCUUCCGCAAGCAGGACAUGAUGGGUCAAACGCUCAGACACCAGGGCAUGCUGCUGUGGAAGACCGCCACUAGUCGCCUUAAAGAUGUCCUGGCGCUCCUCCUCACAGACGUACUCGUCUUCCUUCAAGAGAAAGACCAGAAAUACACUUUUGCCACUGUGGACCAAAAGCCUCCUGUCAUCGCGCUGCAGAAGUUAAUAGUUCGAGAAGUGGCGAACGAGGAGAAAGGGAUGUUUUUGAUCAGCGCCUCUUCUGCAGGCCCAGAAAUGUACGAGGUCCACACUUCAUCCAAAGAGGAGCGAAAUACCUGGAUGAGGCUCAUUAGAGAGGCCGUGGAAAGCUCCCCUGAGGAACCUGAGGAAUACGCAAGUGAAUCAGAAGAGGAGAAGCGAACUGCUGAGGCUCGCUUCCAGAAGAUCCUCAAGUUGCAAGAGAGCUUGACGAGUCAAGACCAGCAGAUCUGCUCCAGCCUGGAGGAGAAGCUGCAGAUCUACACAGAGCUGUUCGCACUGAGCGGGAGGUCGGACGCCGCGCUGGUGGAGCCGCGACUGCUGGUGCAGCCUCAGUCAGAGGAGCUGCCGCAGGCCGCUGCGCUACUGGCUGCUGCUCUGCAAGAAGCUGAGAACCUCAAAGCCGCGCUGUCGUCCAAGGCCCGCUCUCUGUGGAGCCACAGCCAGGACUCGGACUCGGCGUUUCCCAUCAGCCCCGCCGCUCUGUCCGAUCCCUCAUCCCACACUUUGGAGGACACCGGGAGAAACCGGAGCGAUGGUUUUGACCUUCAGCCUACAUCUGACUGGCAGCAAAAACACCCGAGUACAGUUGACUUUGAGGCUGCUGAGAGUGUCCAAACCUUGACUCAGUUACUCUACAGUUUGCAGGCUGCCGUAACCAUUCAGGACACUUGCUACGAGGUCCAGAAGCUCCUCCUGCAAGCGGGUGAGCUGGCCUCGCCCCGCGGUCCCUGCCUGCACCUCCACGGGCUCCGCGGCAACUCGCUGCAGGAGCAGGAGAAGCAGCGUAACCUGGAGAAGCGCAAGGAGGAGGUGGUGGCGGCCCAGCGGCUCCGGGAGCAGCUGCGCCAGGAGAGGGAGCGCUGGGAGCGAGAGUGCCAGGCCAAGGAGAGCCAGCAGGUGGAGCAGGAGAGCCGGCUGGUGGAGAGGGAGAGGAAGUGCCUGCAGGCUGCGCAUAAGCUGAGGCAGGAGAGGGAGGAGCUGGAGGAGCAACUGGACGAGUACCAGCAGAGCCUGGAACGCCUCCGGGAGGGGCAGAGGAGCGUGGAGAGGGAGCGCGAGCGUCUGGAGGACCAGCAGAAGCUGCUGCAGGCCUGGAAGCACGGGCGGCAGAGCAGCCUGCCCGCCGUGAUACCCCACAUGGUCAUCCCUCUGGAUGUGCAGCAGGCCUCUCCGCCAAACCACUCCAGACAGCACUCUGGUAACGGCUCUGUGUUUGUGAACGAGGCGGCGUUUGCCGGCGGCAGCGUCAACAAUCGCCACUUCCACCACAAACGGAACGACCCGAGAGCACACAAUUGUUUCAACAGCCUGUUGGACAGAUCUAACGACAGACAGUACCCUGGUGUGACGAGUCCGUCCGGCACUGGAUACAUCUGCACUAAUCCCCUGGGAAGUCUUAAGCUCUCAACCAGUGAGCACCACUACAAUGGUAACACCUGGAUGUCGACAGCUGACCCCGAUCCGGAGCUCCCACGUCCCAGAGAGCAUCACCUGGAGCUGAGCACGCUGGUUUCCUUGGAGACGGACAGCAAUCAGGAGGAGGGAAGGGAGGAAACGAUCGUGUUCCUGUGAAUCUUGAACCAUGUCAGACUUGGGAGGUCGACACGCCACCAGGAAACAUUUCCGUCUUAGAUUUUGCCUCAAACGCCUCUCACUGCCGUUCUCCUCUCCCAUGCAUCUCAUCUCUAUACUGUAUUUAAUGCUCUUGAAAAAGAUCCUUUAACUUAAGUUCUACCCUGUAUCAAUGAAAAUGUCAGCAAGUCCUGCUUUCUCUUGCAACUCCAGUAAAUUACAGAGCAGCUUAGCAGACCUGUUGUCCGUGAACAUAUGUUGCCUCUCGGUUUAAAGAAACAGUAACGUUUCUUUAAACUAUUACUGUUUAAAGAAACAGUAACGUCUGACAUGAUUGCAGGAGAAAUGUUGCACUUCUGUUGCGGUGGCUAGCUGUUAACCUUUAAACACUGAGGAUUACUUUUGUUUUCUAAGAAACUUACUGACGUGACAUAUCUGCAACAGAAACCGUUGCCGGUUAUCACUCUGAUAUUGACUUUAUAAAAUUUCAUUUUUAAAAUCCGGACUAAGUCGUUAAGGUGGCGGUGUGAUUGAAAUGUUUUGUUUUUGUUUUAAGUUGCCAUAUCUUCUUCAAACAAUUUCUGCAUUUAUUUAACAAAGACCUUUGGUUUGCAAAUAAGCGAGGCUACCUUCACUUUGCCCUAAAUGCAAAAAUAAUUUGUCAUUUGGUCAUUUUUAGCAAGAAUUUAGCUAAAACCACAAUUCUGCUAACUCACCCAACCCUGCAUGCAUAGAAGGCUCUCAUCUCUUCUAUUAUAUUUUAUGAAAAAGAGAAAACAUGUUAAGCCUUACAGUUUGUAAACCAUCCUGAGAAUAUUUUUGAAGUGCCCUGAACAAUACAAAGUUGCCUUCCUGAUGCUCUUUUGCUUGCACUUGAAUAUUCAUCUUGUGGAUUUGCACAUUGUUUCUCCGCAUCAUUUUGCUUUCUUAAAACAGAUCAGUGCCAAUGCGUUAGCCGUGUCCCGUUGUUUUUACAUACACUAUAAGGCAGGAAAUUAUUCACUUUUUCUGUUUUCUUUUAUAUUUGCUGCAAGGGCAGUAAAGCAGUGGCAGUAUUUAAUGUGGUAUUUAGUAAACUGUACAGAAAAUAUGUUUAUUAUUUAUUUAUUGCAUAACAAUUUAUGUUUUACCGUUUUGCUUUUCUUAAAAGGUCGAAUUGUACAUAAUUGCGCAACUGCGUGAACGUCGUCAUUGCAUGAGCGUUAAAUAGUCACACGUAUCGAUGAAAUGUCAUUUGUGGACUCCCGAGAUGUGAGUUUUGUUUUCCUUUUGGCAUGUUAAGCAAAAAUCCACUUUUGUUUCACCAUUUCAAUAAAACUGCACAAACGAGUGGCGAAGCCGCAAACAUCA